UAACAUGCCUAACUUUUCGCGAAUUAAACUUAGUGAGAAUUUGCCAUUUGAUAAGCUAUGGCCGCUACAGUAGAGGGUGUUCCCUAUGAGGAGAUCCAGACAAAAGAGCUUAUAGGCACCGGAUUUUAUGGCAGCGUGUAUAAGGCGAUCUGGAGAAAUCGAGAGAUCGCGCUGAAGAGAAUUCGCGAGGGAUGUGAGGACAAAAAGAUUGAAAGGGAGAUCUACCAGCUGACAAAGGCCAGCCAUGUCAACAUAGUUCAGCUCUACGGCACAUCGAGGCACGAGGGAUGCGCCCUGCUGCUGAUGGAGCUCGUAGACGGUGGAUCUCUGUCCAGUUUUCUGCAUGCGGAAAGCAAGCCAAGUUACUCGCAUGCCCACGCCUUCAACUGGGCGCAUCAGAUCGCUCAGGGCAUAGCUUAUCUGCAUGGCAUGCAGCCGAAAGCAGUCAUUCAUCGCGAUAUAAAACCACUCAAUACACUGCUCUGCGAGAAGGGACUCAAACUGAAGAUCUGCGACUUUGGAACUGUUGUGGAUCUAUCGCAAUCGAUAUCGUGCAAUGCGGGCACCUGCAGAUACAAAGCGCCAGAGGUUCUACAAGGCAACAAACCCGAUGAAAAGUGCGAUGUGUACAGUUGGGCAAUUACCUUUUGGGAAAUAUUGUCGCGCAAGGAGCCAUUUGAGCAAUAUAAUACCCUUUUUGAACUGUACAUGGCUAUAAAUGAAGGCGAAAGACCGGAUUUAAGUUACAUUAUGGCUGGCUGCCCCGCGGAUAUAGUCGCUCUUCUGAGUGCUUGUUGGGACCCGGAUAUCAGGAAAAGAUUUUCCAUGGAACUGAUUUCCCAAAGCACGGGAAGAAUCCUAAGUCAGGCGGGACACAUUCCACCGCUGGAUUUUUACUCAUAGAACUAAUUCCACCCUUUUACGUUCGCUAUUAAAAACAGAUAUCGUUGUGAACGUUAAACACUAUUUUAUUUUCUUGAAAACUCUCCUGAAGUAUUUACAUUGUACGGGAUGCUGUACGGAUUAUGCGGAUAGGUUGGGUGGGUGGGUUAGAUGCUUUUUGGGUUGUGGAGCGCCAAAUAUUCAAUUCAAGGCUAUAUCCAGUGAACUGCAGAAUAAUUUGCGGAAGUACAUAGUUCGUUAUUUUCGUUAGAUGCGGGUAUAGGUAUUAGGUAUUAGGUAUGCAUAUAGGGACUUUAUAAAAUAUGAUCUAGGCAUAUGUUUUACAGUAUAUGGAUCACUAGCAAUACGUUUGUUACUGAUAAUGUUACUUAAUCUGGUGAU